AUGACUAGUGACCGACGGCUGCGGUCCCCUCGAGACGACGAAGAGAUGCUUGACGCUGACUCGCACUCUUCAAAGCGCUCUCGUAACAUCACCUACGACAACAACCAGCCCUACCCACCUCACUCUGAGCUCAACCUGAACCUCUCUGCUCCCUCGGUCCCUGCUGCCCGUGUGAAAGUCGAGCCAGGGAUACGACCAUCGUACAAGACCAUCCACCACUAUCACAUCGAGAUUUCUCCAGAGGUUCCGCCCAGGAGGAACAGAGAGCUGUGGCAGGAGCUCCAGAGGCACCCUAUUAUGAUGGAUGCUGGCACCCUGGUUGCCUACGAUGGACGCCACAGUGUCUUCUCGCCCAAGCACCUUCCGGCAGUCCACGAUAACAACGGCGCCGUUACUAUCAAGAUAGAACUGGCUGGACAGAAGCAGGAGAUCGCCUUCAAGAUAAUGCACGUGAAUGAGAUCGACAUAGGGACUCUGUUAAACUUCUUGCAGACAGGCCGGUACACUCAGGAUUGUACGGAGGCCAUCCAGGCAUUGAACGUUGCACUCACACACAAGCCUUACUCGAAUAUGGUGACCGUCGGCCGCUCUGUGUUCACGCCAGAUGGGGCGCAGGACUUGCGCGGGGGUGUAGAGAUGUGGCAUGGAAUCUUUCACACCGUGCGUCUCGGUCAACAGCAACUGUUCGUGAACGUAGACAAGUCAGCUGGGGCUUUCGUGAAGGGAGGCAGCGCGAUCGAGUUGAUGAGGUCGAUCGCCCCUCGCUGGAACCCAAGCCAGUCGCUGGACCGCCGGGAGAAGGACGCCGUCGAGACUGUUCUCAAGGGUUGCUUCUUCAGGGUCACGCACCGCGGAAAGCAGUUCAAGCGCAAGUACAAGAUGGCCCAGCUCAGUCGUGCCGGUGCCGAUGAUACCUGGUUUGAUCACACUACCAAUGAUGGCGGAACUCGUAAAGUGAGUGUGGAGGAGUAUUACACCCACACCUACAAUGCCAAGCUGCACUAUCCACGCGCCCCAUGCUUAGGUGUUCCCGGUCGCAACAACACCAUCGCAUAUUUCCCUGCCGAGCUAUGCUAUUUCGAGAGCGGUCAACCUUACAAGAAGAAGCUUAAUGACGAACAAGUUGCAUUGAUGCUCCGAGCUGCGUCUAUGAAGCCUGAACCUCGCAUCCAGAAGAUCAGGCAGUCUAUCCAGACAUUGGACUUCAGGAACAAUCCGUUCCUGGCUGCCUUUGGAAUGAGCAUCUCGGAAAGGAUGGCAGACGUUCCUGCUCGCGUCUUGCAAGCGCCUAGGAUUGAGUUUGCAAGAGGGGUCAAGGUCGUACCGAGGCAGGGAACAUGGGAGCUCAACGCUUCGCAGCAGUAUUUGGGAGGGGCGACCUUGCGUUCAUGGGGAAUCCUUGUGUUUGAGAACGAAGGCCGGCUCCACAGAGGCAAGGUCGAGAGCUUUGUCCGUCGCUUGGUGCAGGUUCUGAGCACCGCCGGUAUGAACAUAGUCAUGAUGGAGCCUCCAAUCGGGUACACUCAACCACAAGGCUCACUUGACAGAGAGAUCGGAGUAGCUCGCAGGAGGAUCGAAAAUGUAUGCCAAGCACCCAUUCAGCUACUGGUCGCAUUGCUCCCAGGAAAAGGACUCAUGUAUCCUGACAUCAAGGCAUACUGUGAGACGACAGAGCCAGGCAUCAUGACUCAAUGCGCGCUUGCCAUCAAGAUCGAAAAGGUCAACGAUGCAUACUGCCGGCUGCUAGGAAUGAAGAUCGUGGCAAAGCUCGGUGGAACAGUUAACCGCUUGGAAGAAAACUCGUUGGGCUUCAUCGAGCGCGGCCGAACGUUGGUUGUUGGUGCAGAUGUCACUCAUGCGGCUCCAGGAGAGACCGACCGGCCAUCGAUCGCGUCUGUGGUCGCGCUUGUUGACGACUGUGGAUUCAGGCAUAUUGGACGGAUUCAGAGGCAGCCUUCGCAAGGAGUGGGAGCUGUAGAGGUGAUUGAGGGUCUUCCUGCGCUGAUGAUGGAUUUGAUCGCCAGCUACAAGCAGAUUAUGAAGCAUCACCCUCAGCGUAUCCUCUUUUACCGUGACGGUGUGUCGGAGUCUCAGUUCGCUGAGAUUCUCAGGACGGAGGUCAAAGCUAUCAAGAUUGCCUGCCACCAGAUCGAUCCCAAGUACAAGCCUGCGGUUACGUUCGUCGUCGUGAAGAAGCGCCACAACACGCGAUUCUUUCCCAUGGAUAAGCGAAACAGUGACAGAUCGGGCAACUGCGAGUCAGGAACGGUGGUCGACACCAUGAUCUCUCACCCCACCGAGUUUGACUUCUACCUACAAAGUCACGCGGGUCUACAGGGAACCAGCCGUUGUGCUCAGUACUGUGUCCUGUAUGACGAGAACAAAUUCACCUCGGAUGAUCUGCAGCAACUGACGUUCAACUUGUGCCAUGUGUACAGUCGCUGCUCCAAGGCAACGUCCAUUGUCCCUGCCGUCCAGUACGCUCACCUACUCGCCUACCGUGCUCGAUGCUACCGCGAUGUUGGUGUCAAUACCGACAGACCCGAGGUCAUGCCCAUCUCUAAUGACCUGAAGAACACAAUGUUCUUUGUCUGA